AUGCCGCCCAGAGAUCACCAACAGCUAGCCGAGAUCUCAGAGCAACAUGCAGACAAAACCUGUGUCUCAGCUAAUAUUGUACAAAAUCCUUGCGCAGCGGUUCAUCCUAAGAAGGCUAUCUCCAAUGCUCAUAUUCGCUCCCCAUCCAGAGUUGACUACCUACAUCCCGAUUCAGCUGUCCAACCGAAUUCUAGACGUCAAUCCGACAUGCGUGGAAAAGAGGAGUCUCUCAGCCUACAGCGCAAGGAAGGCCGUAACUCUUCCUUCUAUCAUCUCACUAAGAAGGAACGCCAUAGAGUGGGUGGUGUUGAGUAUCGAGCUGUUUGCCUGUUGGUGAAAAUUGUUCCGAUCUACCUUGUCAUGUGGCAAUUGCUUGGAGGGCUGGGCAUAGGAGCCUACAUCGCGACCAAGAAAGCUGUAAUAACAGAGACAAAUGGGGUCAAUGCUUGGUAUGUAUUCCCAUAUUUUGGAUAUGUCUGCCGCAAGUUCUUGGAAGACUCACUCGUCUGUUUAAGGUGGGCAGGGAUAUUUUUUGCUGUAUCAGCAUUCAACAAUUCGGGCAUGAGCCUUGUGGAUUCGAACAUGGUCCCUUUUCAGUCGUCUAUAUAUAUGCUCAUAACAAUGGGUCUGUUAAUCCUGGCAGGCAAUACAUGCUAUCCGAUAUUCCUCCGUUGCAUAUUAUACGUAUUACUCCAAAUGCUACCGGAAAAUGACUACUUCAGCCAUUCUCGUCACACGUUACGUUUCUUGCUCGACCAUCCGCGACGGUGCUAUACCAACAUAUUCCCUUCUCGCCACACUUGGUGGCUCCUAUGCGCUGUCAUGGCUUUGAAUGGCCUCGACUGGGCCGCCUUUGAAGUAUUGAAUAUUGAUAAUCCAUCCGUCAACAAAAUACCUCCUGGACCACGUGCAUUAGACGGGCUGUUUCAGGCGCUAUGUGUUAGGACUGGCGGUUUCUAUAUCGUCGCCAUAUCAUCACUUCAGAUCGGAACACAGGUCAUCUACGUUGUCAUGAUGUAUAUAGCAGUCUAUCCCGUGGUGAUUACUAUGCGCAGCUCCAACGUGUACGAGGAGCGAAGCCUAGGGAUCUACGCCAGAGAGCCGACUUCAAAAGCUAAUUCAUUGGAUCAGCAACAGGAAAAGUCGCCAAAGACCGUUCCCUCAAGUCGACUUUACUUUAUUAAACAGCAACUCCACGUCCAAUUAGCAUACGACAUAUGGUGGCUCGCACUAGCGGUGAUCAUUAUCUCCAUUGUCGAAGCGGGAAGUUUCACCCGAGACCCAGUCGUAUACUCUGUCUUUAAUAUCAUCUUCGAGACUAUCAGCGCCUACGGAUGUGUGGGUAUUACUACCGGGCUCCCAGACCAGGCGUAUAGUUUCUCGGGUGGCUGGCACUCUCUGAGUAAGGUGGUUCUUUGUGCUGUGAUGCUUCGCGGCAGACAUCGCAGCCUACCGGUGGCUAUUGAUAAAGCGAUCAUGUUGCCUGGAGACUAUCUGGAGCGGGUCGAGGAGGAAGAUGCCCAUAUCCGAAUGGAGCGCUCUUUGGAACAGGAACGUGGGAAUGUGUAG